AUGGCCCAGGAUGCGCCACCCUCGCAGGCCACUGAUGCAGUGCUCAUGAAGUCGGACGCCAUGCCCGACGGCUCGCAGCCCGUUGAAGAGCUCGACUUCAACAAGCUCAAGCGGCCCAUUACCGCAGAAGACCUCUUCCUCGGCAUGCGUCAUAUGGGUUUCCAGGCAUCAAAUACUUCUGAGAAAACGACCAUAUUCCUGGGCUACACAUCCAACCUUAUCUCUUCCGGGCUCCGCGGCACCCUACGCUGGCUCGCCCAACACAAGCACGUCUCAGCAAUCGUCACCACAGCCGGCGGCAUAGAGGAAGACUUCAUCAAGUGCCUCGGCAGCGGGACGACAUACAUGAGUUCCUUCUCCGUGCCCGGCGCUGACCUCCGCAAAAGGGGACUCAACCGCAUCGGCAAUCUCAUCGUCCCCAACGCCAACUACUGCGCCUUUGAAGACUGGGUCGUCCCCAUACUAGACAAGAUGCUGGAGGAGCAGGAGGCUAGCAAAGGCACCGACGAGGAAAUCAACUGGACGCCGUCGAAAAUCAUCCACAGGCUGGGCAAGGAAAUCAACGACGAAAGGUCCGUCUAUUACUGGGCUUGGAAGAACGACAUCCCCGUCUUCUGUCCGGCUUUGACGGAUGGCAGCCUGGGAGACAUGCUGUACUUCCACACCUUCAAGGCGUCGCCGUUGCAACUAAAGAUUGACAUUGUGGAGGAUAUACGCAGGAUAAAUACCAUUUCGGUGAGAGCCAAGAGGGCGGGCAUGAUUAUUCUGGGAGGUGGUAUUGUGAAGCACCACAUUGCGAAUGCUUGUUUGAUGAGGAAUGGUGCCGAGAGCGCUGUGUACAUUAAUACCGCGCAGGAGUUUGACGGCAGCGAUGCCGGCGCCCGGCCUGAUGAGGCCGUUUCCUGGGGCAAGAUCAAAAUAGGCGCGGACAGUGUCAAGGUGUACAUGGAGGCUACUGCUUGCUUCCCAUUUAUUGUUGCCAACACGUUUGCCAAAGACUUGUAA